UUUUUGUGGUAAAUUAAAAAGUCGUUUGUUUUAUUUGUUAACAAAGAUUUAAUAAAAAUUAAAAUGGAAUCACAGUGGACUAAUAAAUACGAUAUUAUGCGCGAUUUGUAUGUAGCUCAAGGAAGAAUUCCUAUUAAUAUUUCUGGCACUAUCACGGCGAAGGCUAAACCACCAAAUCAUAUUAUAAUUGAAGGUAUCGUAAGUGUUCAGAACUGUAAAUAACCUGGGUAACCUGGGUUGAAACAAAAUAAAGCCAUCAGUCUUACGGAACAAGUAUGCACGUUGUAGAGUUUGUCAAUUUCAAUUAUGUAUUAAUUUGACUGCCUCGUUGGUCUGGUGAUUGUAAACGAAUCUGAUCAGGUCACCGUGAACGAAAUUCGCUCUCGAGGAUAUUAUUAUUAAUUUGAAUUGUUCACAGCUAUAAUAGUUGUAAUUUUGCACAAUGUAAUAAGAUAUUAUUUUGUAUAAGUGCCUGUUCAGUUUACAAAAAAAACUAAUUUGAAAAAAAAUUGUAAUGGUUUAUAAAUUCCUAGGGCACCAUCAAUGCAUACCUUAUUACAUUUAUGUUGUGGGUAGGCUUAAUGUAGGCACUGAUGUGUGCACCCUUGUAGGUGAUACAGCUUUGCAUAGUACUAUAAAAUUACCAUUAUAACCAUUAGAAAAUUAUGUCUAUAAUAUUUUUUUUCUAUUUAAAUAACAUUACCCCCACACUAGCAUUUUUUCCAGUACUGUGGAGUCAGUUUACAUACAUAAAUUGCACAAGGACAAGCAUCCAGACCCGGAACAAUUAAUUACUUGUAGGCUUUACAAAUACGUGUUUGUGCAGGAUUCGAACCCCCUGCUGUAACUCAUUGUUAAGGCACUGCGCCACAGAGCUGUCCAAUAUUUGUGUAAAAUAACAUUACUAAAUAGCUUUGUUUUGUUAAUAAUAGAUUUAAAUUUUCAGAAAAUGAAUUAGAGCAUUUUGAUGAUUGUUGUGAAGAUGUAGAGUUUGAAAGUGGACCAGAUUUGAACCUUAUCAAGGAAAUGCUGGACAUGGUCGAGCAAACAACUUUCAAUACAGAUGUUGUAUCAAUAGAGCCUGACAAUAUAUUAGUGAUAACAAAACAUAAUCCACAUUGUAUAGGUACAGAAGUCUCAUGUUCAGAUGUUACAAAUGUUACUAAUCUAAAACCACAUAAAAAGAGAAAACAAAGGAAUGUAGCUAUAACAUCCAUUUUAGAAGCACUUUCUUUGGGUAAUAAAAAAAAAGUUGAGCAAGAUGAUCAUGUGAAACUAUUGAAACCGGAAGAUUUUAUAAAAUGUGAAAAUAAUAGUUCUGUAGCAGUAGUUGAUGAAAUAAUAAAUUCUGCAAAUGCAAGGAUAGAAUCAAGUAUAACAUUUAAAAAGAAAGAUUCUGAGAAAAGUGUAAAGGACUGUGAUGAAAUCAAUUUGAAGACUGAAUCAAAAAGUAUUGCUUCAUAUAGGCCAUCUUCUAUGGCCAGUUUGUAUUAUAAGAAAUAUUUGGACAGGAGUAAGCUUAAAGAGAGUAUGCAGGAUGACGUUAAGACUAAAGCUGAGGAAGUGCAGAAAAAAAUUGACAUCAAAGGUAAUUCUCAGUGAAUUUCUAGCUACAGUCGGCUCUCGAUAAUUUGAAACUCAAGGGACCAGAGAAAAAUUUCAAAUUACCAAGAGUUCAAAAUAACAGGUGUUCAGAUAACCAAGAGGGAGGGAGGUAAAAAUCAAGUAAACAAGAGUUUUACCGACAGUCAACUUGGCACCGCUGAAGGGACUGCAGCACUGCCCAAAUUUCGGCGGAAUAAAAGGCUUUCUCAUGGUCCACAUACGCCAGACAUAGUGGCAAAUUGUACUCUUCCGACUUCUGUACAAUUUGCCGAACGGUAUAUAUGUGGUCUAUGGUGCUAAAGCCGGCUUCGGAAACCGGCUUGUUCGGGAGGCUGGGAGUCGUCAAGUCUGCGUGCGAGACGAUUCAUAAUGACUCUCGAAAACAGCACGUAGACGCGGCUCAGAAGGAAAAUCGGUCUGUAGUUCUUCAAGAGAGCAUUGUCAUCUUUCUUGAAGAACAAGACCACCGCACUUCUGCUCCACGCCUCCGGUGUAAUGCCACCAUGGAGGACGGAAUUAAAGAGCCUCUGAAGGACUUCCAGUACCGGUUUUCCACCCGCUUUCAGAAGCUCCGCUGUAAAUCCAUCCUAGCCUGGGGCCUUGCCGUUUUUAAGAUGCUGGAGAGCCAUUCUAAUCUCGCUCAGACUGACGUCCGGGAUAUCUUCGUAAUAGUGUCGGAUAAGACUCGCUCUUGGAUCGUUACUCACACUUGAGUGUGGCUCCAACGAUGACGUGUACAGCUGUCCAUAGAACCUCUCGAUCUCACUCAAAAUCUCAGGUGCCCCGGAAACGAUGCUGCCACACUCGGUCUUCAGAUUUGACAGUUGUCUCUUUCUGGCAGACAGAUCUCUGGCAAAGACUUUGGAGCCUUGGUUCCGCUCGAUCGCUUCUUGAAAACAAGCUGUAUUGAAGUUGCGUAAGUCCCGCCGCAUGCAUUUGGAGAUUUGUUUGUUCAGUUGCCUGUAUGCUGUCAAAUCUGUUGAAGAAUGUAGCUUCAUUUCCCGUCUAACAGCCAUGAGAUUGAGAGUGUGAUUGGAGAGUUUUUGUGUUCUUCUGCGGCGGGUCUUGCAGAACUUUGCUCCGACCGCAUGGACAGUUUCCACAAGCUUGUCAUUCAUAUCGUCCACUUCAUUGCAGUCUUCUAGGCACUGAAAACGGUUUUGUAACUCGAGCUGAAAGGUUUCGGGACUUUGGAACAGAGCACGAGGGGGACGGAGCGUUGACUUCAUUAGACGAGACCUCUCCAACUUAACGUUUAGGUUCAGUGUGCCUCUAAUCAUUCGGUGAUCGCUACCAGUUUUCACCCUCGAGAUCACGGAGACAUCGCUGAACAGUUGUCGUCUAGUCGUCAUCAUGAAGUCAAUCUCAUCAAAGUCCCUCUUCCUCCAUGAAGUCGGCCAGCUGCUGGCCCCUUGGGUUCCGUUGCACUAUUCCAAAUUUCCCUACUUUCAGCUCACCGUUCUCUCUUGUGCCUAGUUUUGCAUUGAAGUCUCCCAUUAACACCGUAUAUUGGGUUUUGGAGGAAUGCAUGGCUCUAGAGAUAUCUUCAUACAUUUCCUCCACCUCCUGAUCGGGGUGUGCCGAGGUUGGUGCGUAAACCUGUAUGAUCUUCAGCGAAUACGCUUUGGUGAUUCUGAGUAUAAGGUACGCAACCCUCGUCGACACACUCUCAAUCUUUACAACGUUGUUAACGAGAGACUUGUGGACGAUAAAUCCGACACCUCCUUGGGACAGAUGGUCGCCCUCCCGGUAAUAGAGCAAGUUGCCAGAUUAGAGGAUUACCGUGUCCUCCCCCUCUCUUCGGACUUCGGAUAAUCCUAUAAUAUGCCAGCGCAACUUGUCUAUCUCUUCUUCCAGCUCCACGAUCUUCUCGUCAGUCCUCAGGGUGCGUGCAUUGUACGUUGCCAGGUCGAGUCGUCUAAGGUGGCAACCGAACCUCCACCGGAGAUUCUUAGCACCCCCUGCCCCGCCGUUACCAUGGUCGCCACCGUAGCCAGGAAUAGCGGGGCCGCCGGGAACUGGGGGCCGUCUGUUUGUUGCUCUAAUCAUUGGGUUGUAUUUGCCAUAGUUGUCACGCUUGGCGAGCGGGUUGGCAACCGCAGUUUUUUUAUUAAAAUUUUGGCUAUUAUCAGGAAGAUGCUGCUGCCCAUCUCCUGCCUGUUUCCCUUUGUCACCUUUUACGACACCCACGGGAAGAUAUGAGGUAGUGGAUAUUGCACUACACGGAAAUAUAUCUAUGAAUGAACUAUAACUUUCAAAUAUAUAGUCAGUACGAUACGCGCGCUACCUAGUGUAAGUUAAUUGUACUAUGUCUUCCUUAACCUUAUUUAAUCUUCGCGCAAGUGCAAGCAAUAAGUUAACAAAGUUUUAACGCAAUCUGAUGAACAGUACCGCAGAGCAUAAAAUACGAACAAACAAACAUUAAUUUGUAUAUUUUUUUAUAAAUUAAGGUGACAAACGAGCACACAGUCCACCUGAAGGAUUAAGAUGGAAUACCUCUUUUCCAGUAAAAAGGAUCUCCGGUUCUCUACACUCACCAUACGAAACACAGUAGUGUUAAGCUGCUAUUUUACGCUGGUAUUCUGUGAGAGCGUGGUUCUUCCCCGGUCGAGCCGACCCAUUCAUGCUACAACUAUACUACUAAUAUAGCUGCAGCAUGGCUCUACCACUUUAAAAAGUAUAUAUUAGAUUGUAAUUGUGUUAUAACUACAAUUUUUAAUUACAGAGUUAGAUGCGGUUCGUCUACCGCAACACCGCCACCUGUUGACAGACGACUGUAUUGUAUGUAGAGUGCUGUGUAAGAAAUAUGUUAAGUAAUAUUAUACAAGACUGAAGAAAAUUAUUUGUUUGCUUGGUAAUUUUAUGGAAAUCUAAGUUCCUUUUAUAAGACUUCAUGUAACGUUAGAAAUGGAUUAUUGUUUCUCUGUUUUAUUUUUGUUUAAUGUAUUACGUUAGAUUUUAGUGUAAUAUAUUUAUUAAUUUAUAGAUCUGUUGAGAUU